AAUCGUUCAUUUUAAGUAACAUUUAGUACGAAAAACUUGUAUUAUUUUUGUUAUUUGUGUAACGGUGUUAUCGGUGCACGUGUUUAGAGUGAAAAAUCAUCUUUGUUUAUAUAUGUUUAUGUAAAAUACAACACUUUAUAAAAGAGAAAUGUUUAAAUAAUUAGAGAAAAAAUAAUAAUUUGAUGUAUUAUAUACAGAUGAAAUAAAAGAUCGAAUACGUUUUUUAAAAGACUCUAGUGUGUCAGCAAAAUGUUUGCUAGCAAAAUUAAAAUUGUAUUUAAUUGUACAAAUAAUACAUUAAGAUAUUAUGUGCGGCCGAUAAUGAGUAAUGUCCAUAAAGUAAAUUCUCUCUUAAAGAAGCAAACGCCCCGUUGCACAGGUUGCAUACAUAAUUUAGUUGGCAAGUCAGCACCUUCAAAGAAAGAAACAAUUUCGCCAGUUAAUAAAUAUGUUUUGAGAACGCACACGUGUGGAGAACUGUCGCUUGAAAAUGUUGGAGAAGAAGUAAAAUUGAGCGGUUGGGUGGACUUUCAAAGAAUGGGAGGAAAAUUUAUAAUAUUACGAGAUUCUUACGGAUCAACACAGUUACUUAUACCAGAAGAUAGAAAGGAUUUGAUCAAAAUUAUCCAGAAUGUAUCUUACGAGAGUAUUUUAAGCAUAGUAGGCAAAGUUAUAUCAAGACCUAAUAAUCAGCAGAAUAAGAAAAUGAAAACUGGCGAUAUAGAAGUGCAUGUAGAAUCCUUGGAAAUUCUAAAUGUAGCAUCACACAAUCUUCCAAUAUUUAUGAGGGAAUAUAAUAAAGCAAAGGAGAGUCAACAAAUGAAAUACAGAUAUCUUUCAUUAAGAUAUCCUGAAUUGCAAAGAAACUUAAGAAUGCGUUCCUCUUUUAUAAUGAAGAUGAGAGAAUUUUUAAUCAAUAAAUGCAGUUUUGUUGAUAUUGAAACACCGACGCUUUUUAAAAAUACGCCAGGAGGUGCACAAGAAUUUAUAGUGCCUACUAGACAACCGGGUAAGUUUUAUUCAUUAGUACAAAGUCCUCAACAAUUCAAGCAACUUCUUAUGGUGGGUGGCUUUGACAGAUACUUUCAAGUCGCUCGGUGUUAUAGAGAUGAAGGUGCCAGACACGAUAGGCAACCAGAAUUUACUCAGCUAGAUAUUGAAAUGUCAUUUGUUAAUCGGGACGGAAUAAUGAACUUGAUUGAAAAUUUAUUGGCAUAUUCAUGGCCAGAAGAAUUAAGCCCUAUAAAAUUUCCUAUCAAACUUAUGAGCUACGAAGAUACAAUGGAAUUGUAUGGUACUGAUCAACCGGACUUGAGGAUACCAUAUCAAAUACAAAAUCUUACAUAUAUCUCUGAUUUAUCAGUAUUAAAAAGAACCCUGAAACUCGAAGAUGAUAAACAGAAGGUGUAUGCAUUAAUCUUUCCAAAUAAAUCAAAAUACUUAACAAAAUCUAUCAGAAAUGAAUUCUCCAAGAUUUGUAAUGACUAUGUCAGUACAACAAAGCUAGUUCAACUAAAAAUUGAAAAUAAUUGGAGAGUUCAGUUAGAGGAAUUAUUUUCAAAAAAUAUAGCAGAAGAUAUAUCGCAGUACUGCAAAUUACAGGAAGGAGAUGCAAUAUUAUUAGCAAUUGGACGUCAAAUGGAUGCAUUGAAACUUUUAGGAAAGCUACGUGUAGAAUUCACAAAUGUACUGGAAGCAAAAGCUGAACAGAUACGUUCGUCAGAAACCGAACUCGUAUGGAUCAUAGACUUUCCAUUAUUCACACUUGAAGAAAAGUUGCAAUCAACGCAUCAUCCAUUUACGCAACCUCAUUUAGAUGACAUGAAAUAUCUUACGACCGAUCCUUUAAAGGUGAGAGGUUUGCAUUAUGAUCUGGUUAUGAAUGGAUCAGAAAUUGCGGGAGGUUCCAUUCGAAUCCAUGAUGCAAAUUUACAGAGACAGAUAUUGAAAAUGUUGAACAUAGACGAAUCAAAGUUAUCGCAUUUGCUUGAAGCUUUGACGUACGGAGCUCCACCUCAUGGUGGAAUAGCUAUAGGAUUGGAUCGUCUCGUUUGCUUACUCUGUAAUGCGAAGAGCAUACGAAACGUUAUAGCUUUUCCAAAAACGAUGGAAGGGCGAGAUUUGAUGUCCGGAGCACCGGAUACUAUAUCGAAUGAAUUGAAGACGUUGUAUCACAUACAAACAAUAGACAAAUAAAGUCACCAAUUUUUUUCUAUGAUGCAAAUUAUUAAGCAAAGUGGUUAUUAAAAGUAUAUAUAAUUACGAGUCAAAUAAAUAAAAAGACAAGAAAUAGAUGUACAAAAAAAGUGUUUUUAUUAUUUGAGUAAAGUCUCGUGCGUUCGAGUCAAAUGGUUUUACAGAAAAAUAAAAAAUACAAUUUAGCCUGCGCAUUAUAAAUGUGAUUAAGAUGACAUUUAUUUCCGAGAAGGAUGUAAAAAAGGUGUCUUCCUUUUUUUGUACACUUGAGAGAUCUCUCUCUUCUGUCAAAUGAAAUCUAACAAAUGUCUUAACAAAUAUGCUGAUAUGUAGUGUGACUAUCAACUGUCGGCGGACGAAAAUUUACAUCGCUCGUAUAGUUAUUUUAUCUUGAAACAGCCCAAAAGUUUAAAUUGGAACGAUUAUAUAGUAAUCAACAAAAUGUUGUUAAUGAAAUAUCGGUUUAAUUUACGAUGCAUCGAAUUUGUCAACAUUAAAAACUUGUUAAUUAAGAUAAGUGAAUUCUUUCGCUCUUUAAACAAGAAAAAAAUAAAUAAUUGUAUAAACUACAA